AUGUUGGGCAGCCUCAGCAGUCCCACGAUUCCCCAUGGAGGUGGUCUGGCCUUCUCGAUCGGCACGCCCCCAACAAGCGGAGACAGCUCCAUGGGCAUCGACGCGAACUGCUGGUAUCGACCCACCCCCUCCGCCACAUCCGCCACUACUACUGCUACACCGCAUGAGCGGCUGCUCGCCGCGGCCACCAACCCUCCUCCGACAACGGACGCUUCAGGUUCGACAAGCGAAUACGCGACGCUCCCGCUCGAAUGGUUCAACAUCGAUAUCAUCCAGACCCCGAUCUGCGUCAGCCCCCCGGACGAGCGGAGCGGGAGGAGCCUGCAGCCGCCGUCGGCUACGGCUGCGGCAGAGGAGGCUCUGCUGCCGCCGCCGCUGCCCAGAUCGCCGCCUGGCCGUGGGCGCCGUGGACCACUUCUUCCCGGAUGCGAAAGCGAGGGAGGCUUGUUUCUGCGAGACGAUGGCGCAGCUUGUCAGUGUAGCGAGGACGCCGCCGACGCCAUGGCAGCGCUGCUGCAAGGCGGCCGCGUUGUUACGGCGCUCGACCAUGUGCUGCGUCACGCAAAUGCCGCAAUGGCGGUGUUGGCGCGGUUUCUCGUCUGCCGUGGCCGUCACCAGGAGUCAGACCUGCUGCUGAUAUGCUUCUUGGCCCAGAAGGUGGUCACCGCGUAUCGCCAGGCGCUGUGCACGUGCGGCGCAUCGGUAAGGAACGGAAGCGGCGUCCAGAUCCCGGAGAUUCGGGUCGGAUCCUAUAGGAUCGUAGGCGAGGAUGGACUACUGUUGAUGCGGCAAGUGGUGGUCGUGGAGCUCCGGCGACUCCGGCGAAUGGUCGAGCAGCUGCGGGAGACGAUGCGAGACGGGGGUCGUGGCGGCUGCGCUAACGCCCACUCCUCUUCUCUACUGCAAGGCUUCCUGCAGGCAGAGCUUAAGAGCGUUCUGGCGCAGGCGGGAUAG